GACAUCAUGGAUAUAUAUGAUCUUAAGUGUUAUGGGAAAUAGGUUAGAAAAACAUUUCAGUGCUUCGUGAUUUUUGUCUACAGAAGAUUUUUGUACUAUCUUAUGCGUAUCAUAAUGUUAAUUCCGAUGAUUAGAAGGAGUGUACCAUGUAAUCUGCGACGAAUUGUCGCAAGUGUCACUUAUAGAAAUAAAAUGCGAACGAAAAUCGCACAACAGUACGAAUACAACGAGACGAAUUUGUUGUCUAGCUCGACCUCAAAUGUAACUUGUAGAAUUUACUGCACUGAAUCAGAUUCUAAACCACACGUCUCUUUGCCUAUGCUUGUGACUAAUGUCGAACCGUUCAAAACAUCUUUUUUAAUGCCGUUUCGUCUUCUUUUCUUUUCUUUUAAAAUUGCACAGAUAGAUAAGGAGUUUUCUAUAUCUGAAACUGACCGGGGAAUCAUAUACGCAAUAACAGUAAUAUCUAACGCUUUAGCAAAUGAAAAUUAUGAUUCCUUGGAAGGUCUUGUAGCAGAAGAUAUGAUAGAAAUUUUAAGAACAAAAAUCGAGACCCUCAGUUCUGAGCAAAGAUCAUUAAUUGCAAUAAAUAAAGAAAGUAUUGUAUUUCAAUUUUUAUCUGAUAUCUCAACUAAGACAGAUAAGGACCAUUCCGUUCAAAUUAAAAUGAUCCUCCAUUACAUCCCAGGUAUGGCCGAGAGAAAGAAUCAAAAGUCAGCUUUUACAUUCGCAGACAUGUCUAAAUUUACAAAUAUAUUAGUAUGUAAUUAUACUUUUACCCGUAAUUAUGUAAAUAAUAUUGGUGGUUCAUGGAUUGCGACUUUUGUAAAUCAUUAUAGUAUUAAUGUCUUAUUGUAGUUUUGUCAAUAUAUUUGCAUAAUAGUUUGAAA